AUGGGCUCUUUCAACUGCUGCUACCGGCUGAAGGGAUUCCACAGCAUCCUUCGCCUCCCAAUCCUCAGCAAGAGCGCUUUCCGCUACGAAAAGUCAAGAGACGAAUGCCUGUUGAUGGCAUACCUGGCGCGGCACACAUCCAUCCCUCUUCCGAAAUUGCUCGCAGCCGGAACCUGCGACAUGGGGCCUUAUAUGGUGCUGUCUUUCGUCGAUGGCGCGCGCUUGUCCGACUUUUUGAAGGACCCGUCCACUGAAGACGCCCCCAUCACGCUUCAACCCAAUAUUGAUGAUGCCCUUCUCUAUCGCGCAUAUCGGAACAUGGCCUCCCUCAUGCUCCAACUGUCCAAAUGCCGAUUCAGCCAUAUCGGGGCCCUUGGUCAAGAUGAGCUGGGGAACUGGCUGGUGACAAAGAGACCUGUCACCUUGAAUAUGAACCAGCUGGUCUCGUGCGCCAACUAUCCGCCUUCGCGACUGCCCCCCAAAGAACGGACCUUUGCGAGUGCAAACGAAUACUUCACUGCGCUGGCCGAGAUGCACAUCAAUCAUCUCCAGACGCAGCGCAACGACGCCAUUGAAGACGCGGAAGAUUGUCGCAAGAAAUACGUGGCAAGACAUCUCUUCCUCAAGAUCGCCCGCACUUUCUCAAAGGAGCAUAACGAUGGGCCGUUUCCCUUGUACUGUGAUGAUUUACGGCCAACAAAUGUCAUAGUCAACCCUGACCUAGAUGUUUGUGGAGUGAUUGAUUGGGAGUACUGCUACGCUGCGCCUGCCGAAUUCACGUACUGUCCGCCUUGGUGGCUUCUCUUGACGCACCCGGAUGACUGGACGGAUGGUGAUUUGGGCUCAUUUCUCGAACAGUAUCUGCCCCUUUGCAGGCUGAUGGCCGAGUCGCUCGAAAACGGCCACUUUUGGUUCUGCCUAGCCGCCACAUCCAGCUUUGGAGACUUCACUACCCUCGAAGAUCGAGUCCGUCUUCUCGCCCAGCCAGAGCAGGAUGAGCUGGCUUCCUUUGUCGAACAUAAGAUGCUGCAGGCAGAGGACUCGCAACUAGAUGAGCAUGUGAGUCCGCACGAGAUGUUUACUGCCUGA